UGAGAAACUGCAAUCUGAAGAGAUGCGCAAUCAUUCUCUCUUGUCGAGAUUGACGCUGCGUGUACGACGUCACCAGUUCUACGCCUCUCGCAACCCCACAUCAGAUGACAAUGCACGCCCUUGAUCGCAGCUGGGACUCCAGCAAUUGUGAUGUUUACCCUGCAAUGAAUGCCCAUUCAACAACAACAUGUAUUCUCUAGAUUUGGGAGGGCAACAGGCCAGACAGCCAGCACAGCCACAUCCACAACUAAUGGCGGCAAUAUGAGUUCGACUCAUCGUCACUCAGAUCUUCUUGACCUCUUUUGAGCACGUCUCACCCACUCUCUUUGACUCAUUGCACCCUAUAUAGGCAGCUUUCUCAUGUCGCUCGACGUUCAAAUCUAGCAUACCAUCCUCGGUUGCCCUAAAGAAAAUGUCCAUCGCCUCAGUCACAGUCCACCUCGAAGGCACGACCCUCGAAGGCGGCGGCCAAAUCCUCCGGCUGGCUCUCUCUCUGUCAAGUCUGACCAGGACCCCAAUACACAUCAGCAACAUUCGCGGCAAACGCCACGGCGGCGGUGGCCUCAAAUCUCAGCAUCUAACGUCUUUGAAAUGGCUUGGUCAGGCAUGCAAUGCAUCAACUACUGGUGCACAAUUGAAAAGCAAGGAAAUCACAUUCGCCCCUGAUACUGCCCACAGAAACGACACCGUCAAGACUGGAGCCGUGGAGAUUAAGCAAGAUACACCAGGAAGCGUGAAUCUCGUCUUCCAGGCAGUCCUUCCAUACCUCCUCUUCUCCGGCGCAGAAGAGAAAAUCAGACUCACGAUCACGGGUGGAACAAACGUCUCCAAUUCGCCCUCAUACGACUACAUCGCCCAAGUCCUCAUCCCAAUGCUGACCCUCAUCGGUGCCCCUUCCAUCGAGACUGAACUCCAUGCACGCGGCUGGUCGCAAGGCGGCACCUGUCUAGGGAGAGCAACAUACACCAUCACUCCCCUUCGCCACCAGCUCCCAGCCUUCCACCUUAUCGAGCGGGGAGCCAUGAGAAGUGUAAACGCGACAAUCAUUGCCCCAAAAGACACGGAACAACACUUCCGCGACGAGCUAGAUGUCAUGUUCGACAACCUCGAGCCUCGCAUCUCCACACCACCAGCAACCAUCACCUUUGACACCACGUUCGAAGACUCCCAUCAUCCAAAACGCUACUACAUCCUCCUUGUCGCGACCACCACAACAGGCAUGAAACUCGGCCGUGACUGGCUGUUCGACCAGGCUAUCCGGCCAGGCAAGACCGAGCACAUUGUGCCAACGAUGGUGAGGAAAGUAGCUGGUGACUUGAUGCGGGAGAUUGAACAUGAGGGUUGUGUGGACGAGUUUUUGCGAGACCAGUUGGUUGUGUUCCAGGCGCUGGCGUUGAGCGGGAGUCGUGUUGAGGGAGGGAAAGGGAAGCUGAGUAUGCAUGCAUUGACAGCGCGGUGGGUUGCUGAGCAGAUUCUGGGUGUAGAGUUUUCAGAUGAUGGGAGCUGUGGGGGGGUUGGGUAUCAUCCUGGAGGAGCGGGGGAGGAUCGAGACGUGAAUGAAGAGUUAGUUGGAGAGUUGGAGAGGGUGACUUUAGGUCGUGGAUAGAAGAUGAUUUGACCUAGUGAGUAGAAACGCAAAAUUAUCUCAGUUACUUACUCUGCAUGUAUAGAACAUACUUUCUGAGAUGAAAAUUCAUCAUCACAUAGAGGAGGUGCAAAUCACUGUCCAACAUACAUUGGAAUAUUCACCCAGCCACCCAAAAUUCCCUCUCAUCUUGUGUUUCAUGUCCCUGCAAACUAUCCCUACUCUCCGCAUUCCAGCAUACGGUAUACAUA